AUGUCGUCGCCGUCCACCACCGCCGCGGCGUCCGCGCCUCCCGCGAGUGUCUACGCGCUCGGUAGCCCGUGGCAGCGCGAGUGGCUCGCCGCGAGCUGCGGGUGCACCAUCGCGGACACCAUCUUCAACCCGCUCGAGGUUCUCAAGGUUCGGAAGCAGAUUGCGAUGUCCGCGUCGUCGGCCGGCGGCGGUGCCCCUUCCGCGACGAGCAUGGCGCUGGCGCGCGCGGCGAUCGCGGAGAAGGGCGUCGCGAGAGGGCUCUGGCUUCCCGGUCUGGAGGCGACGAUGUAUCGCGCGUUUUCCUACACCGGCUUCCGCAUCGGCCUCUAUCCGACCGUCAGGAACGCCAUCGUCGACUCCGGCACCUUCGGGGACGCCGACUCGGUGUCCUGCCGCAUAGCCGCCGGAGCGACGACCGGAGCGGUGGGCAGCGCGAUAUUCAACCCCAUCGACGUGGUCCGCAUACGCAUGCAGGGCGCCAAUCCGUACCCGAGCACGCUCGGAGCCUUUCGCGCCAUCGCCGCGGAGGAGGGCGCGCUGGGACUGUGGCGGGGGAUAGACGUGUGCGUGGCGAGGGCGGCGCUGCUGUCGGGCUCGCAACUGGCGACGUACGACACGACGAAGCGAUGGAUGAAGGACCACGGCGUGAUGAGCGAGGGACCCGCGCUGCACUUCACGGCGAGUUUCGUGAGCGGCGUCGUGGCGCAGACGGUGACGCAGCCGGUGGACACGCUCAAGACGCUCGUGAUGGCAAACGGCGGUAACGGCGGAGGUAAAGGUAACGGCGGCGGGACGCUCGCGACGCUCGGCGCGCUCCUCGCGCGGUCGGGGCCGAUCGGUCUGUACCGCGGGUACUGGCCGGCGAUGGCGCGGCAGGGCCCGGUGAUGGUGAUUCAGAUGCCAAUCGUGGAACAGUUCAGGAAGGCGCUCGGCCUCGACUAUUUCUAG